AGCUCAGUUUGGUCUGUUUCGGCCAGAGUGGGCACGUGUCGACCCAAGGUCGCAUGUAGACGAAUACCGUAGCUGAACGUAGAUUGAUGCACUCGCCGAGUUCUCAAUCCUUUUCGGAAGCAUGAACAUGGCAGCCCAUUGCGCGGCGCUUUUCAUACUUCUGCUGCGCCUGAGUUGCGGUUGGAAAAUGCGGGGUGGUAAUCUGACAGCAUCCCCAAUGCGUGCGAACGCCACUGGACAAGAAAUGGCUUCUGUUGUGAACAGUUCUUCCGGAACUGGCUUCUCUUUCCGAGAGUGGUAUGAUGGCCACACAACUGGACGCGGUAUUUGGAAAUGGGAGAACUCAUUGGAUGCAUAUCAGCGCCAUUUUGGAUUGCUGGCAGGAUACUCGUUGGCUAUCGCCGAAGUUGGUGUUCAGUCUGGUGGUUCCCUGCUGAUGUGGCAAGGCGUACUUGGUACUUCUGUGUGGCUGUAUGGCUUGGACAUCAAUCCCAAGUGCAAGGCAUUUGAAGGCCAUCAGGUAAGUGUCAUCCUUGGAGAUCAAGCUGACCCGACCAUGUGGGAGAAAUUCUUUCACAGCACCGUGUCCGUGUUGGAUAUUCUCGUUGACGAUGGGGGCCAUCAGCCGCAACAAAUGUUCCAGACGCUUAUCAGUCCAUGGCCCCACCUUCAGCCAGGCGGCCAAAUUGCCAUCGAAGACAUACAUGGUGAACACUAUUUGGAUUCCUUCUUCUAUCCGGUCGCCUGGCACAUUGGGACGCAGUGGUCGGGCACGGUCGAUUCUGUCCAUGUGUACCCUUUCCUGCUGAUCGUGAAGAAGGUUGGCCAGAGAGAGGGCCUGCCGGCAAACCAGCUAGACUUCUCGCACCUGAGCGUGGUGCGGGUGGCCGACCUGCCCGCGCUCGGGGCCGCGAUCCAGCAGCACCCCGGGAGCCAGAUCGUCCUCCAGAACCCCAGCUGGGGGCCGUUCUUGACGUCGGACGGCCUCACGAACUUCUUCUCCUACUUCAUCGGCCUGCACGGCGGCGCCUUCGCCGACUCCCCGGCGGGCUGCAGGACCACGUCGGCCGCCGUCUGCACCAACGCCAUCUCCCCGAUGACCGUCACGCAGCAGCUGGUCACCGGGAUCCACGUCUACAGCGACCGCCUGGUGGUCGAGACCACCGCCGCAACGCCCGUGAUCCAUGCCGUCCGGAAGGGGACCGAGUGGAACGACUACGCGGGUCUCUGAGGCCGAAGGAGGCCGAACUUCCCCAGGGUGUUGCUCGACGCGAGCCCAGACGUCCGACGAGGCGUUUUGUCAGCGCGCGGCCCCAGGAGGA